GUCAAGAUGGCUGGUCCUUACCUAUCACCCUUGCCUGGGGACCUCCUCACGGAAUACAUGUUCGGGCGUCGCCGCCAGCGUCGGAACCGCACGACCUUCACUCCUCAGCAGCUAAGCGAGCUGGAGUCCCUUUUCCAGAAGACACAUUACCCUGACGUGUUCCUGAGAGAAGAAGUAGCGCUGAGGAUCAGUCUUUCUGAGGCUAGAGUGCAAGUGUGGUUCCAGAACCGUCGCGCGAAGUGGCGCAAGCAAGCGCGACUGCAACUCCUGCAGGAUGCGUGGCGGAUGAGGUGCCUCGGGCUUGGCUCUCCUCCAUUGCCGUUAUCAGGUCACGGCAAACCAGAUUCUUCACCAGAAGGGCCAGAAUCACCAAACGGCAAAGAUUCCCCGGAGCCGCCUGGAACACUCGAGAAUCGCGAGCUAAAGUCACCGCGCCAAGACCCUUACCUCCACAACACAAACAUAGAGCCAAUCCCACCGGUCAAUGCGAAUGUUCACGAAAUGCCACAGAUGCCAUACAAUGAUGAUGGAAGGAUGAUGCAACAGCCUUUCUCCUUCCCACCUCUAAUGAUGCCCCAGCAAAUGGAAUCAGAAAUCCCAACUGAUCUCAGAGUAAUGUCUAAACCUAACUGCCCUUGUGGAACUUCAGUUCAAGACAUGGACGAACCGCAGAACCUUGCUUACCGUCCCCCAAGACGUGAGAAGGAGACCAGCGACAGUGACACUGACACAGAAAUAGAUCUGACGUCACAUUCCAAAGAUGAUGAUAUAAGGGAAUCGGAAAGACUGGCCAGUAGGAUCGCUACCAGCAUUUUUAGAAGCGACACAGUUCUUCAUGAUAUGAUGCCCAAUGAUCUCAGUUUAGGAGCUAAGAAUGGCAAUGAUAGAGUAAGAAAUAAUGUUUCGAUUUAAUUGGACAAUUUCUGUUUGGUACUAAAAGUAUUUCUGUUCAUUUUUAUUUUAUCAGUUUCUAUAAAAUAGAAGAAUGGUAGAAUAUUUUAUGAUUUGUGUGAGUAGUCGUCAUCUAAUUAUUUUUAUGGAUGUAAUUUUUGCAAUAGAAAAAUGUGGAUUUCCAAAGACGUUUGGAUUUUCAAACCAGCAUUUGAAUGUUUUAGACAGUGAAUGGUAACAUGUUUAGUACUUA